CAAAAUGGUGGUCAAUAUUUUGAAUUUCAACCCCAAAGCUUUAACUUUAAGCAAUGAAAUUGUCUCGUUUUUUAUUCUUUCUGUUUAUUUUUGUCGUUAUUUUAGUAUCACUGAAUAUUCUGCUUAUGAUUUAUAUGACACAAAGUAGGAUAAAUGCCUUGAACGACUUCAAAAAAUUCAAUUUUCAGUACAAGGUCAAUGAAGAUUCAUUUUUGUCAAUUCACGAUUUACCAGAAGACAAAUCUGGAGAAUAUUAUGUUCAUAAGAACUUCAUCAGGGCAGAAAACGCUUCUUCGUUUACAGAAGUGGUGUUAGCGAGCCACUGUACAGGAGAUCACUUGCAUCAUUUGGUGUCAUUAAGUGACAUAUGGCAGGGACCAUUGUCUAUUGCCGUAUUCGUCCCAGGGCGCAGUCUUGAAAGCACGCUCACAACUCUCUAUAUUCUUUACGCCUGUUUUACUAAAAUACGUCAAAAAACUACGGUACACCUCGUCCAUCCUGUGAACGCAUUACUGAACGAGCAAGACCUGAUGUUCUUGAUACGAAAAUCAGGAGAGAUCAAAGCCAAGUGCUCUAGAGCUUUGAAACAGAUCAAAAAUGCAAACAAAAAUUUGGGCAAAAACUACGACAAAAAGGUCGAAUAUCCCAACAAUUUACUGAGAAACAUCGCCAAGCACGGAGUUGAGGGACGAUAUUCACUGGUUGUGGAUAUCGACAUGAUUCCGAAUCAGGCUUUGUAUACAGACUUCAUGAUUUUUGCCACGGAAAAUAAUCUUUUUGUUGAUGGCAAUAGCUUUUACAGCGAUAAGAGUGUUUUCGUGCUACCGGCUUUCGAGGUACGUUCAAAGGGAGCUGAUUAUAUGCCCAAGGAUAAAAGAGAGCUUGUCAAUCUUUUGGACGAAGGAAAAGUCCGUCCGUUUUACUACGAUAUUUGUCGGAAAUGCCAAAGACCAACUGAUUACGAAAGAUGGCAGAGUUUCGUUAACUACGAUAAAGAUAUGGAUGUUGGAUACGAGAUCGAAUGGCAAGACCCCUGGGAACCAUUUUUCAUCUCUCCAAAAUCUGCUCCUGACUACGACGAGAGAUUCAGACAGUACGGUUUCAACCGGAUCAGCCACGCCUGUGAACUGCACAUUGCUGGCUAUCAAUAUUUCGUCUUGGAUCGGGGAUUCCUGCUUCACCGAGGCUUCAAAAACAAGGAAUCAUUUCACAAGACGAAGAACGAGGAGAAUAAUAAAAAUAGGAUGUUGUUUCGGACAUUUAAAACUGAACUAAAGGAUAAAUACCCGAAAUCUUUGAACAGAUGUUAGCUGGAUGCUAUCUAUACAAGAGAUGAUCCUUGGCCUUCUGGACGGGGAGGAUUGCAAUAAGAUUGUAAAUAUUAUAAAUUUGUGACAGUUGUUUCUAGGUGAAAUUUGUUUGUUACUUUUACACCGGGGGCGUACAUACGAGGGUGUGGGUUGACCUCCCCCCACCUAUCCCAAAAUACUAUUCUAGUUGCCUCACGUACUGUUUUAGUCGGUGGAUUUGUCAACGAGGGAGCUCGACCAAGGUUCAGUGGGAAAAAGUUAGUCGCGUAUGCGAAACCCAUGUGAAAUUUUUAUAGGAUUUCCUCAGCUUAAAAAUCAGGUUGAUUGCUUAAUUCUUAAUAAAUAUUCUUUUAUUAAACCGGCGCCAGCCGGGGAACUCUUUAAAAUACGAGAAGAAAUAUCAUAAAAUCUAUUUGUUUUGUUCGUUCCUGACGAGAUCACUUAAAAAUGUAAUUAUUUUCACUAUUUAUAAAUAUUACCAUCAGC